AUGGCGAUGGGGCCGUUGUCCUCGGUUGCAUUACCAUCUGAAACAUCUUCAUUUCAGGGAGUUGGCCAAGAUUAUGCUACCCAGUUCCAUCAGUGUUCGCUGCAGCUUGCUGCUAAUACAGUAACCACAGAGAGCAAAUUGCAGACACAGCUUGUAGCAGCUGCUGCAUCAAUGGCAGCCGAACAGGACAAUAAUGUUUUCAUCUUGAAAUAUCUUGUUCCAGAUGGCUCGCUGGCCAUAGGGCAGUCUUUGCAAGUUGGGCAAACACUAGUUUCAGCACAAGGUAUUUUUGUGUUGGGUUUCUUCACAAUUGGGGCCAACACAUAUCUAGGAAUAUGGUACAAUUACAUAAAGCCUCAAACAAUCGUCUGGGUGGCAAACCGUGACAAACCAAUAAAGGGAGGCAAUGUAAGCCUUACCCUCAGCCAAAGCUCUCUUGACCUUGUGGAUACAAGGAGAGGAUCCCUGUGGUCAAGUGGCACACUCAACACCAAUAGUCCACAGGCCUUCCUUCUCGACACUGGUAACCUUAUCAUCAAUGACACCACCAUGUCUAGGAGUACUCCAGGUCAAGUACUAUGGCGAAGUUUUGAUCAUCCCUGCGACACAUUCUUGUCUGGCAUGAGAAUCGGGUACGACACGUCGGCGGCGAAUAAUGGCUUGUUGCAGCUCAGAUCAUGGAAGAGCGAAUCGGACCCGUCUCCCGGGGACUACACCAUCAGCAUGGAUCCGAGACGAAUGCCUGAACUGCUCUUGUUCAAUGCCACUGAUUUGACAUACAGGACUGGUCCAUGGAAUGGCCAGGCCUUCAACGGCCAGCCAUAUCUCAAGCCGACAAAUGAUGUGGUGUUCAACAUGACUGUGCGCGAAGGCAGCGCGUAUUACUCGUUCACGGCUUUGAACACAUCAGUCCAGUGGCGACUUGUCCUGAUGCCAGAUGGCAUUGCCUAUCGCUGGCGCAGCAACUCCGACAACAAGUGGGAGUACUACUGGCAUUGGCCUCAGUCUACAUGUGAUUCCUCGCGUUCUGCGGUCCAAACGCCUUCUGCUCCACCGCUGUCUGCCAAUGCCUGCCGGAGUUCGUCCCCACGUCGCCGCCGCGAAUGGAACCAGAGGAACUUCGCCGGUGGCUGCGUGAGGAGUGUGUCGCCGUUUUCUUGCUCGUCAGCGAAUGGGUUUAGCAGACUCUCACUUGUUAAGGUGCCUGACACACUGAACGCCACCUUGGUUCGAGGCAAGAGCUUGGAUGGCUGCAGGGAGUUGUGCUUAGGGAACUGCUCGUGCAACGCUUUACGCCUGCUUGGAGGGAGUGACUGUGUCGUCUGGUCAGGUGAUCUGCUCGAUACUGUUCAGCUUACUAUAGGGAUCGAUGAUUUGUACACUCGGGUUUCUCAUAAUGAUCCGUCUCACACAGAUAGACAAACUGCUAUCAUUGUCUCUGUCUCUGUUGUUGGAGGGUUGCUGCUUAUUUCUGCAUUGCUAGUAUUUUGUUAUCGUCGAAGUCAACGAAAGCAUUUACCACUAGCACUUGAACAUGAGCAUGCCCCAGGGCCUAAGCUUACAGCCCACCUUGAGCAGAGUUUAGAUCUGGAUGCUAUCAGAGUUGCCACCAACAGUUUUACUGAACGAAAUAGUAUCAUUUCUACCCGAUCUAAGACCAUCUACAAGGGAACACUACCAAAUGUUGGUGAUUUGGCAAUCAAAAGACUAAACACGGAAGUGGGGCUUGAGGAGCUAAAAAAUGAGGUGAAAAUUCUUGCGAGGCUUAACCAUCCAAACAUCAUAAGGAUGAUGGGAUCCUGCAUAGGGAAUAACAACAACCUAAUAUGCUAUGAAUAUAUGCCCGGUGGUAGCCUUGAUGCAGUUCUUUUCGCUGAAGAUGAAAAGUACGGAGUGCUCGACUGGCCUUCACGUCUUCGCAUCUUGCAAGGGAUUUGUGAAGGAUUGCUAUAUCUGCAUGAGCAUUGCAGAAUCAUUCAUCGUGAUAUAGACCCUAGUAAUAUCCUACUUAGCGAUGACUUGAUCCCCAAAAUUUCAGACUUUGGUCUUGCAACUCUGCUUGAUCAAGGCCAGUCUGAAGGGAAGGCGGAGAGCUUCGAGGGAACACGUGCAUACAGCGCUCCUGAGUUGUUCCACCGCAAAUCGUACUCGGCGAAGUCCGAUGUGUACAGCUUUGGUGUAGUACUUCUGGAGAUUGUAACAGGCUGCAAAGCGACAUCAUUUCGUAGAGAAGAUGCUGAUGACCUCCCUACAUAUGUUCGACAGCACUGGACUCAGGGAACUGCUGAGCAGUUGAAGGAUCCAAGAAUGGGUGAUGCUCCCAGAGGAGAGGUGGGAAGAUGCAUUCAUAUAGGCCUCCGUUGCGUUCAAGAUGAUCCAGACGUGAGGCCUACCAUGUCAUACAUCAGGAACACACUGGCGGCAAUUCGCUCUUAG